UCUGGGUCCCUCGGAUGAGCAGGGCUCUACAGUGGGUGACGUGGUGGGGUGCAGGACCACCGGGUGGCUGGAAGGAAGGCACCCGAAAGGUCACCAAGCCCACAGGGCCAGGAUGGGACAGGACCUCCGCUCCCUUAGCCUGGACUUGAACCUACGGAAUACCAAGCUUGCGGCAGCGAGGCGGAAGCUGCUGCGCAUGCGUUUGUGGCAGGCACUUUCCUCGGCGCGUGCGCACGCGCGCUCUCGUCCCCGCCCAGCAUUCCGGGCGCCGGCGGGGCGUGUGACGUCAGGUGGUUUAAUCCGGAAACGGUGGUGACGGCUGAGGCGACAGAACGGAGGGGCUGUCGUUGGUGGGCGCUCCAGGGCUCUGAACGAGAGGAGCGUGACCCGGAAACGGAAGCGAGUCCCCAUCCCAACUCCGCCCUCGUCUGUCCCCGCCCAUACACAAUGUGACCCCAGCUGUGCCUCACACCACCCUGCAGCCAGGUUUCACGCUAGCCCCAGGCUUACUGGUAGGCUCCUGCGGCCAUGGACCUGUUGUUUGGGCGGCGCAAGACGCCAGAGGAGCUGCUGCGGCAGAACCAGCGCGCCCUGAACCGGGCCAUGCGAGAGCUGGACCGUGAGCGACAGAAGCUUGAGACCCAGGAGAAGAAAAUCAUCGCAGACAUCAAGAAAAUGGCCAAGCAGGGCCAGAUGGAUGCGGUCCGGAUCAUGGCGAAAGACCUGGUGCGUACCAGGCGGUACGUCCGAAAGUUUGUGUUGAUGCGGGCCAACAUCCAGGCUGUGUCCCUCAAGAUCCAGACGCUCAAGUCUAACAACUCAAUGGCACAAGCCAUGAAGGGCGUCACCAAAGCCAUGGGCACCAUGAACAGACAGCUGAAAUUGCCCCAGAUCCAGAAGAUCAUGAUGGAGUUUGAGCGGCAGGCAGAGAUCAUGGACAUGAAGGAGGAGAUGAUGAACGACGCCAUCGAUGACGCCAUGGGGGAUGAGGAUGACGAAGAGGAGAGUGAUGCUGUUGUAGCCCAGGUCCUGGAUGAACUGGGGUUGAGCCUGACAGAUGAGCUGUCAAACCUCCCUUCCACCGGAGGCUCCCUCAGUGUGGCUGCCAGUGGAAAGAAAGCAGAGGCUGCAGCCUCCGCCCUGGUGGACGCAGACGCAGACCUGGAGGAGAGGCUCAAGAACCUUCGAAGGGACUGACUGCCCAUGCUGCCCCAGGGAGCCAGUGGAUGGCCCGAUAUUUUCAUUGUACCUUCGGUAAUAAACGAGGUUGGACACUA